AUGAAUGGCUCAUCGAAUUCAUAUUCCAUCUCAAAUCGUAAUCAUAACAUUCAAAUAACCGAUCGUCUUCUUUCAAUUUAUUCGCUCUUACUAAUUUUAAUUGGUACUCCUUGUAAUCUUCUUUGUUGCAUAAUUUACUUUAAAAAAUCAAAUCGUUCAAAUUCAAUAAAACUUGUAUUUGGAUUUUUAGCUUUUCUCGAUACGAUCGCUCUUUAUACAUUCAAUUUAAAUUAUGUAUUUCGAGAAUUUAACGUUGAUGUUAAAAUAACCUAUUUCAAUAACCGUAAAAAUAUUAAUAAUAAUGGCAGUCCAUAUUUCUAUGAAAAGGAAAAUAUUAAUGUUGCUAUUAUUAAAAGAAACCUCGAGGAAUAUUCACUAUUCAUCUGUCGUUUUUUGUCCUAUUUGGCAUUUUCUACCUUACAAACAUCGUCAUGGGUGUUGGCAUUCGGUUCGUUUAAUCGUUUUUUAUUAGUAAAAAAGAUAUCGCAUUUUGAAUUCAUUUGUAAACGACGUUAUACGAUAGCCAUAUGUCUUUUCCUAGCAUGUUUAUUUUUUCUAUUAAAUAUCCAUAUACUUUGGAUGAACGGGUACUAUUCGCCAGCAGGCGAUACUGUAUGUUAUAAAAAUCUACGGUUUCCAAACUACAUGCUAUGGCAUCAACGCUUACAUUUAUUUCUUUAUUCAGUUAUACCGAGCAUUAUCUUAUUUAUAUUUAAUGCACUUUUAAUGCGUAUUAUAUUUGCAAGUAAGAAACGUUUAGAUAAGCAUAGACGUAUAGUUUUAUUUGCGGCCACAGCAACAACAGCAUUACCAAUGAUUAGACAAAAACAUUUUCUUGCCCCACGACAGAUAUCACCGUCACGCGCAACAUUCAAACGGUCGAAUAGAAAUAAUCCAGCAAGAUUAUUAUAUCGGCAUAGUAGAAAAUUAACUAUGUCGUUGAUAUUUAUAACAAUAUCUUAUUUUGCAUUGACGUUUCCGUCGACAGUUAUUUUUUCAUUUUUUCGUCCAUAUAUUGAACCACCAGCAUUAAGGCGUACUAUCUCAUUGUUAUUUACUAAUUUAUCAACGACUACACAUGCUAUUCGAUUUUUUAUUUAUUUUUUUUGUUCCACUGAUUUUCGUAAAGAUUUCUAUAAUUUAUUUUUAUGCAGACGAUCAUCUCGACGAAAGUCUAUUCUAACACAAGAACAAACCACUACCGUACCUCACACUAAGAGACACAUGGAAUCGCGAUCAACAAUAAAUAAAAAUUUUUUGCUUGAAUGUGAUGAAAACGAGAAAAAAAGAAAAGAAUAA